AUGCUCGUCAAGGCCACCACCCUCCUCACCCUCCUCGCCGCCGUCAAGGCCAUCUCCAUCACCCAGCCCACCGACAACACCAAGUGGAACGGCGGUGAGACCACCACCAUCACCUGGACCUCUGUCUCGACCGACGAGGACACCUUCAACCUCGCGAUCAAGGACAAGAACAACGACGUCAAGAUCAUUGCCGAGAACGUUGACACCAACUCGCACUCGUACUCGUACACCCCCGACGCCAACGCCGACGGCGACUUCAACAUCCAGAUCCUCUCUGCCAAGAAGAACCAGCAGAACGCCAUCCUUGCCGAGUCGGGCUUCUUCGAGAUCCAGCCCUCGACCAACGCCAACGCCGCCCAGUCCUCGGACUCGGAGUCCUCCGCUUCGGCCACCACCUCGGCUGACGCCAAGACCUCGUCCGCCAUCCCCAACAAGCUCACCAGCCCCUCGGCUGACAUCAAGUCGGGCGCCGCCGGCCAGACCCUCUCCAUGUCCGCGGGCGAGAACCAGCCCUCGGCCCAGGCCACCAACGGCAACACCAACGGUGCCGCUGCCGCUCCCUCUGGCUCUGCUGCCGCCGGCACCAAGGAGGCUGGCGCUGCUUCGGCCCUCGUCCCCUCGCUCGCUCUUGUUGGUGGCUCGCUCCUCGCCGCCCUCCUCUAA